AUGCGGCUCUUCUCCCUCACUCUGCAGGCACUCAGCUUGCUCUGCAUCAUUUCACCUGUCAGCGCCUACAACGAUCCCUUGAUCCGUUUGGACUACGGAGCCUUCCAAGGCAAGUACGAUGCAACCUACAGUCUUUCAUACUUCCGCAAGAUCCCAUAUGCCCGCCCUCCGACAGGAAUCAACCGCUUUCGAGCGCCUCAGCCACCCCAGCGCAUAUCCAAUGGCAUCUACAACACGGACCAAGACUUCGACAUGUGCCCUCAGCGCACCGUCAACGGCUCCGAAGACUGUCUCUACCUCGGUCUCUUCUCGCGGCCUUGGAAUCCUUCAUCUGCGCGUAGGCCCGUCCUCGUCGUCUUCUACGGCGGCGCUUUCAUCCAAGGCAGCGCCUCCUUCACCCUCCCUCCAUCCUCCUACCCCGUCCUCAACGUGACCAACCUCAACGACUAUGUCGUCAUCUACCCCAACUACCGCGUCAACGCGUUUGGCUUCCUACCCGGAACAGCCAUCAAAGACUCCCCCACUGCCGACCUCAACCCAGGCCUCCUCGAUCAACAAUUCGUCUUGAAAUGGGUCCAAUCGCACAUCCACCACUUCGGCGGCGAUCCCCACAAUGUGACGAUUUGGGGCCAGUCCGCAGGCGCAGGGUCCGUCGUCGCGCAAGUCCUUGCCAACGGCCGCCACGGGAACCCGAAGCUCUUCUCCAAAGCCCUCGCCAGCUCGCCCUUCUGGCCUAAAACCUACCGCUACAAUGACCCCGAGGCUGAAGAAAUCUACGACACAUUCGUCAACCUGACCGGCUGCGCUACCGCGAAAGACUCACUCUCUUGCAUCAAAUCCGUUGACGUCCAGACCAUCCGCGACGCCAGCCUCACUAUCAGCGCUUCCCACCAAUGGACCACAUCCUCAUACACCUGGGCGCCUGUUAUCGACGGCUCGUUCCUCGUUGACUCUCUCUCCCAAGCAACCUCUACCUCGCGCCUUCCCACCUCUUCGAUCUUCGGCGUCUACAACACCCACGAGGGCGAGAACUUCCUACCCCCGGGUCUCAGCACCGCAGACGCCCAGUCCAACACCACUGCAUUCUCGACCUGGCUCAAUGACUUCCUCCCCGACCUCACUCCAAGAGACAUCCACCGUCUCGAAUCAAUCUAUUACCCGCCCACUGGGACCACCGAAACUCUGACAAAUUAUAACUCCACUCUCGUCCGCGCCGGCCUCGUCUAUCGGGAUCUCGUCCUCGCUUGUCCGGCGUAUUGGAUUGCCAACGCGGCAGGCGAGAAGGGUUACUUGGCCGAGUAUACGAUCGCGCCGGCGAAGCAUGCUAGUGAUACGAUUUAUUGGAAUCGCCUCAACCCAAUCCAGCAAACAAACCCCCUCGUCUAUGACGGUUACGCAGGCGCAUUCGCAAGUUUUAUUCAAACGGGGGAUCCAAACGCGCACAAGGUAACAGCAGAGGACGUGCCAGGGUUGUUGAAGUUGCGGGGAUCAGGACCGGAGUCGGAGUUCGUGGUGAGGGAGACGGGGUUCGAGAAUGUGAAGUUGAACGGAUUGAAGGAGAGAUGUGCGUUUUGGAGGGGGAUGGGGGGAAGGGUUCCUGUUUGA